GCAUUGGAUCAUCCUGAGCCUUAGUAUUGCACGUGAUUGGCCGUGACGCGUCGCGUGCGUCGUUUGGACAUGUUGUUCUGUGUUGUCCAGGAACACACCGAUCAAAAGAUUCAAAACUAUUCUUCACUAGGUUAGAGUGUUCCACAGCGCUCUAGAUUCCCUUUCAAAUGCACUCCCAGAGAUGUUGGGGGACGCUCUGUGCCUCGAACAAAAGCAGGCAUGCAGUGCUAUACUACUACCUUGUAUCACCGCACUCGAUCGGCCUCAUCCAUAUGAAUUUUCCUAUGCAGGGUAUCGGUUUAAGUUCAAGGGUUGGUGACUGACGGGCCUGACCUGCCUUCACACUGUCGGCACUAACUUAAAUACUCGCUGUCUCUGGACGAUCAUAUGGCAGUCUCCCCUUUCAAACCACACCAUCACCUAGGACACCAUGAGCUCGUUGCGCAACGAUAGCAUCGAAUCCAAAUCUGAAAAGCAGAUUGUCUUGAAUCCGAGCCCGAGAGAACGAGCGCGCAUUCUGCGCAAAAUCGAUUGGCACCUAUUACCUCUAGUGACGGUAUUUUACCUCUUCUCGUACUUAGACCGGGCCAUUAUUGGUAUCUACCUUAUACUUCUUGUUGAUCACCCGCUAAGAUCAUCAUCAGGAUAUGCGAAGGUUGGUGGCAUGGCCACAAACCUUCACUUGACCGGUUUCAGGUACAACAUUGCUGCAGCCGUCUUUUUUAUCCCGCACGGCUUUGCUGAGGUCCCCUCGAAUAUCGCACUCAAGUUAUUAAGGCCAUCGCGCUGGAUACCGUCUAUCAUGGUCGCGUGGGGUAUUGUAUCGACCCUUAUGUGUCUCGUCAGAUCAUACCAAUCUCUCGUUGUAGCUCGAGUGUUCCUCGGUUUGACCGAAGCUGGACUAUUUCCCGGAGUGAAUUACUACAUCUGCCUUUGGUAUCCGCGUUCUGAACGGUCCAAACGCAUUGCCAUAUUCUUCUCCUCAGCAUCAGUCGCAGGCGCCUUUAGUGGGCUCCUUGCGUAUGGUAUAGAACGGAUGGAAGGAGUUGGAGGACUACAUGGCUGGCAAUGGAUUUUCUGCUUGGAAGGCACUGCCACUGUUCUCGUCGCAACUCUCUCUUUUUUCUUCAUGCAUGAUUAUCCUGAAACGGCCAAAUUUUUGACCGAAUCAGAGAGAUCAUACAUCAUAGAUGUGCUGAAACAGGAUUCUAAUAAUCUUUCCUCUCGCUUCGACACUCAAUUCGUUUGGCAAGCUAUAAAAGAUUACAAGACUUACGUUCUGAUUCUCGUUCAUAUAGGGUACCCAGUCCUCCUGUUCAUCUCGCGUGCUUUAUCUGAGCUGAUGAUCAGGUUACUCGUCCCUGGUUUUGCCAUCUCCCUCUUUACGCCAACCAUCAUCAACGAGCUUGGCUACUCUGCUGCGCAUGCCCAGCUACUCUCAGUCCCGCCAUUUGCUGCUGGCUGUAUUGCAACAAUCAUAGUUGGCAUCUAUUCUGACAAGCACAAUCUUCGUGGCCCGUACAUCAUUGGCGGCGCGCUUGUUUCUCUUGUGGGAUACAUCUUGCUAUAUUGCAGCGUACGAGCGGGCCCGUCGUAUGUGGGAGUUUGUCUAGCCGCUACGGGAUAUUAUCCAACCAUCCCGAUUAUUAUGGCUUGGACAGGCUCUAAUGCAGGAGGCGACUUAAAGCGUGGAGUUGUACUAGCAAUGGUUGGUUUCAGUAAUCUCGGAGGUAUCUGCUCGUCUUUCAUUUAUAUUGAUCCACCACGUUUCCACCUUGGUCAUGGCACCAUCAUGGGAUUUCUUUCUCUUGCAAUCAUCACGAGUCUUUUUGCUAUGUGGGACUAUAAUCGGCUGAACAAAAAGAAAGAAGCCCAGUGUCUGGCGGAAAACAUUGGCGACGAUAGAGAAUAUGAAUUUGAGGAUAUGGGCGAUACCAGUCCGCUUUUCAGAUACACCAUAUGA